AGACAUGCUCUUACGGCGAUAGACUCAGGGAAUCGAUCCCCGAUGUAUAGGAGCGAGGAAGAGACUCCGGUGUAUGUACAUGUGACACGGUGUGCUUGCAGUGACAAUGUGGGCUGUAUGCAGGGCAUUGAGAGCUGUCAUUGGUUUCAGGCAGCUAAGAGCUGUGAGCAGUUGUUCCAGGCUGUGUGUGAGGACCGUAUACACAGAUAGAUUAUGUAUAUUGUCCAAUCAACCAAUAAAGAAUAUCUGCACAAACAUUCCAAUAUGCCCUAGCAGACGAGCAGGAACUUUGACAAGCAGUAGUGCAUUAGAUGAAACAAUGUAUGAAAGAUUGGCAGCAGAUACACUAUAUGCCCUUGCUGAGUUCUUUGAGGACCUGGCUGAUCAGCCUUUUACACCUGCAGAUUAUGAUGUCUCUUUUGGGAAUGGUGUUCUUACAGUUAAGGUCAGUAGUGACAUUGGAACCUAUGUGAUCAAUAAACAGACACCGAACAAACAGAUCUGGCUAUCAUCGCCCUCAAGUGGACCAAAGCGAUAUGGCUGGACAGGAGCAAUGUGGGUGUAUUCACACGAUGGAGUGUCCCUUCAUCAGAUACUGGAACAAGAACUUUCCCUUGCACUGAAUACCAAAUUAGAUCUAUCGACUUUAUUAUAUGCAAGAUGACACAAAGGCAGCAGUCAAUGUAAUAUUUCUGUUGUGAAUGACUACUACCUAAAUUUUCUGUGUCAUAUUCUUAAAUGUUCUAAACAUACUGUUUAUUUAUACAUUUAUUCUAUAUUUCUGCUGACAUAUUCUCUGUUUUAGCAAAAUUAGGAGGGCAUCUUUUUUUGUUGUAUUGCUGACAUGACUGGUCUUGUCUUUUUAAAAGCAUCUUUACCAGAAACAUUUGUGCUUGCUAUAAAAGGAAAAAUAACGAAGAACUCAUAUUUUUGACGUGUUUGAUCGAAGAAAGCAAUAUCAUUUCUCAUAUGGCAAGUAUGGCAUGUUGGUAGACAAAACUUUGCUGCAAAAAAAAAAAUCUUAUUUAAUGUUUCAAAGACAUGAAAAGAAUAGUACACAGUAGGAUUAUUUUACUGACCAUAAUGUAUUUUUCUUGGAGUUCAUUGAGGGAUUCUUAGACUUACAGGUUAUACUGGAACAUCAACCUAAAUAUUUUCUCACUCAUCUGUUAAGGGGACACAGGAAUUAUUGGAUUGUCUGAAUGUCUAAAAGCCAUCCAGCAGGGAUGUGCAACACUAAACUCUCACAGUCCCAAGAAAACAAGCCUACAGCUUGCCUGUAUCACCAUAUGCCCAAAGCUGGCAUCAGAUAAGGUUACAACAUCCAACUGGUAGACGAACCAGCCAGCAAUCUUGCAAAUCUGGGAAACAGAUACCUGAUGAUGCCUAGAGGCCCAAGGAGCACUUGCAGGUCUCAAGAUUGUGCCUUGACAGGAAAGUUUAGAACCCAAUCCUUGAAGACUAUAAGCCUGGAUGAUGGUCUACCAGAGCCACCUAGAGAUGAUGGAGCAAGAAGCCAGAGCACCCUUCCUAGGUUCAUCCAGGAUGACAAAAAUGUUUAUAGAAGCAGUAGGUGAAAGCGAGAGAGCUCAUAGCUCAAACCACAUCCAGAUAAUGUAGGAAAGUUUCCUUUGGGUGAACUGUAACUGGACAGAGGGACAGAAAAACAGUGACCUAGUUGAGGUGAAAGGAAAAAAACGACCUCAGGCAAGAAUAAAGUAAUUUGUCUCAACACCACCGUGUACCUAUUCAAACCAGUUUGGCUUCCUUGCAAAAUUAAGCUACUAGUUCAGACACUCGCCACACAAAGGUGAUGACUACAAGCGUACCACUAUGUUGGUAAAAGAAAAGAGAAUGUGUCUAAUGGGUUCACAGUAGUUUCUGUAGUGCAUUGAGAACCAAAUUUAGAAACCACAAAGUCACAGGGGGGAGUUACAUGAGAAACCCCCUUUAGAAAGGACUUAAUUAAGGAGAAAGAGGCCAACCGACUUUGAAACAAGAUAGGACAGAAAUCUGGCCCUUGAUAGGCCAGACUAAGUGUAGAAAAGAGAGGAUUCAUAUCACACAGGAAGUACUAGGGUUUAUGCCUGCCUCAUCUGAUGAUAGACCUGGCAGGAAGCAGUGUUUUUAGCUUUUAGCAUUGUUGGAAUCGCAGGUGAAGAGAUGCCCCUGUCCUCCAGAACCGGUUCUGCAAUAACCAUGCUGUUAAAUACAGCAACUAUGAAGCAGGAUUGUAAAUUGGUCCCUGAAACAGAAGAUCCUUACUAGCCUGGAAAGCCCACAGAAAAUCUUUCAGGAGUCCUAUCAGGUCGGUGUACCACAUCCUCCUGGACAAUUACUGGAAUGCUCUCCUCCUUGAUCCUGCAAAGCAGAUGAGAAAGAAUUUUCAAUUCAGAAAAGACAGAAGUUAGGAUGUACUGAUCCCCUGGAGCCACCAGAACAUCUACUGCUUACACUAGAGCACAUAUGUCAAACACAAGGUCCACGGGUUGAAUGCGGCCCGCCAGUUUUGCAGCCAGAACGUGGUGAAACUCCAUUCUACCACUUUUGGCUCUCACCAUUCAUUCCCGGCUGUCACUCUGUAUGAAACACACUUCUGAACCCUAAAAUCAGUGUAACACAUCCCAGAUACAACCGUCACUUUGAGGGAAAUCAUACUGCUUAUGCGGCCUGUGUUGAAAUUGAAUUUGACACUCCAUGCACUAGAGAAUCCCCAUACUUGGAGGUAAACUGGUACACUUUGUUCUAGGAUCUGGAGGUUCACAUUUGGAAAGAUGCAACAUGCAGAUUUAUGUCCUUGAUAUCCAGUCAGCCUCCCUGGUGAAGGAGGGCUAUGACCAAUAUAGUGGAUUCCAUGCAGAAUUGCUGAAAGACAUUCAAAAAUUGAAAGUUGAAGAUGGGGUGAAUGCCUGCUUUUGGUAUAGGUACUAUGCACAAGUAAAAUCCCUGAAACAGUUCUGAGAGGAUUCAAUGGAGAUCUGCUAAUAUGUGUGGUGGCACGGGAAGUUUGGUGGUGAGAAACCAAGAAUUCCACCCUCUGUACCCAAGCAUUGGAAAUGCAAAACCAGUAGUACAUGGAUCGAAUUUCAGCCAGUUUAGCAGGGGCUGGACGAAUUAUAAUCCAUGUGCAAGUGGGGUGGUUGUACACAUCAGAUUUUGGCCACUCAAUCCUGUGCUGAUAAUUCUGGUUAGUUUUCUGUUGCCAGGGCCCAUUACCCCAGUGAGGGGCAGUAUAACCCAACAGGUUAAAAAUAUAUGUUUCUCUCAGUGGACAAAAAAAAGCAUAAAAAAAAUAAUAAAGUGGGCACCCUGAACGGUAUAGCUGGUUGGCACACAAGGGGAACUAUACAAGCCUUGUAAACAAAUCCAGACAAUAGAGAUGCAACACUUGAUUAUAAACAUGAUAUCCAAAUAAUAAGGUGAUAAAUAUAAAAGUGCAAACAAUUCACAAUAUAUAACAACAUUUAAUGAAAAAUUGUAAUAUAGUGAAUACAAAACUAAAUACAGUAUAAGAGUGUCCAUAAAGUGUUCUUCCAGUGCUUGAACUCUGAUCUGUUAUGCACUCACCAGAGAUAUAAAAUCACAAGCAGAACAAUAACCAAACUCCACAAGGUGUUAUGGGAAGAUCCAAUACAAGUGAGCCUCCGCAGUAUGCACUCACCAGAAAUAAAAACAUAUGAAGGCUUCCUGAUUUGUAGCAUGGAAUUAUCAUCCCAGGUAACGAACUGCAUCUAAAAAAAAACUCACCACCAACAGCCCAAAAAGUGCAUUCUGCAGUCAGUGUCAUUCUGUUAUUUGGCUCAGUGGAACAAACACAGCACAAAAGUGACCAGGUACAGUGUUUCUCCACACUGAUCCUAGAGGACAUCAUGUUCACGUAUCUGUGGAGCACACGCGAAGCCGCGGUGGUCCCAGAAGGUGUUUGCAACCCUUAUCAGUCUAGCACCUUGUGCCUUUUCAAGCGGAUACAUGUAUUUCAGUGUGUAUGUGCAAUUUUAUUCUUUUUAUUUCAAUAAACAAAAUUACUACACUA